ACACUUCAUUUUAACUUCCAACUUCCUUAAACUUCUUUCACAAUAUAAUCAACUUCAUAACACUUUUUCUUCACUCAAUUACAACAAUAAUAUGGCAGAAGCACAACACCACAACCGUAUUAAAAGACGCUGUUGUUGCCUCUUCAACAACAUAGUUUGGAAGAUUCUCUUAGCAAUAAUCACCUUAGUCGCCCUCAUAAUCCUCAUUUUAUUCCUCGUCAUAAGACCACGGACCUUCAAAUUUAGUGUCAAUGAAGCUAAACUUACUCAAUUCAACUACACCACAACAACCAACACCCUCCAUUACAACCUCGUACUCAACUUUACCGCACGUAACCCAAACAAAAACCUUAACAUCUACUACGAUGAAAUAAAUGGUCAUGUAUCCUAUGAAGGAACAAGGUUUGCUUCAACAAACGUUAUAACAUGGUUAAAUUCAUUCCGUCAAUACACGAAAAACACAAACCUUAUGAGUGGUGUUUUCUCUGGAAAACGUGUUGUUGUUUUUGAUCGUGAUCAAGUUUCUGAUUUUGGACGUGAUAAGAAUGAUGGAGGUUUUCGAAUUGAUGUGAAAUUAUAUUUCAAAAUGAGGUUUGUGCUUGAUGAUUUUUAUGGUGGACAUAGUAAGGGUAACAUUAAAUGUGGACUUUAUGUUCCUUUUGGUUCUAAUGGGACGAAGGUCGUAAAUGCAUUUCAGCCCACCAAGUGUGAUGUUAAUUUCUGAGGAUCAUACUCAUAUCGUUUCACGUGCAUCACUUAUUUGUGGGAUUUGUUGGAGAAAUUUUGAUUUUUCUAUGUUUUUUAAUUUUGUAAUAUUUUAGUUUUUAUUAAAUAUAUUGACAGAUUGUUCAUUCUUUUUACUUACGCAUGAUUGUGGAUUUUAAAUGUGUUUCAGUUGAAUGAUAAAUUUAACUUGGCGUC